AUGAGAGGUAACGCGUCCUCCCCCGUCGUCGGGAGCAGCCCACACUCCUCAAAUGAAGCAGCUUCCCGUCCUGGCUCUGGCUCGUCAGAGACAAAGAUGACUGCCUUUUCUCCAGAAGAUCUCCGCCUGAAAUCCCGCUUUGACUCUGGAAUGCCAUUUGCCACCUCCCUCGCUGGUGAUGAUCGUCGCCCGUUUUACUCCAUCCAUGGACUUGGGAACCAUCAUGGUCAAGAUCCGUUCCAGUCCACCUCAAUCGCCGGUGGUCGCAUGCAGCUCUCCGCAACCGCCUCUAGCUUCACUCCAUCUGGCUUUAGCAUCAAUCCCUUUGCUGGUUUCUCUGCUUCUGCUUCUCGCACUCCUUUGUCGCAGGCUGAUCAGCGAAUGUCCAGUAUGGGCUAUCUGGCUGCAACUUCUGAGCCUGAUGCUCGUGAUGGCGCUGGCGAUGUUAUCAUGCAUGCCACCGGUACUCCCAAGCACGUUAAGUCCGGAUUUGAUCCCAAUGGCAAAGGGAUGCUGGUUAAAACCCCACUUCCUAUGUUCUUUGCGCAUCUGGGCAAAUUCGAUGGUGAAAAUCGCAAUCGUGCGUUCUCUAUUGCUGGCAUCCCGACCAACUUCCCAUAUCUCACGCUUGCUGAGAUUUUCAACCGCCACGAAUUUACCACCCUCAAGGGCCCUGUUCUCAAUGAACUUGCCUCUACAGGCUGCAUCUAUGUCGGCUUCACUGACGUGCGUGAUGCGAAGAAGGCAUCUACCAAAGUUUCCCGUCUCCACCCGGAAUGGCGUGUCAGCUCCAUGACCGCACAGGAGUAUGCCCAAAAGUUUGAUCCCAACAAUGCCUAUCUUAUCUCUAACUUCGAGGGUCAUGUGUAUGCCACUAUCACCUAUGACAGCUCCAACCAAGCUAUGGAUGCGCGUAUUGUGUCUCACUCCUUCAAGGAUCUCCUAGAGACCUUCGGCGAUAUCAAGGCGUUCCAAAAUCUUCCCUGCCGCCAAGUUAAUGUUGAAGAGUAUCUGCUUGAGUUCUUCGAUACUCGUGCAGCUGAUAAUGUCGUGUCCACCCUUAACAAGAAUUCACUUGAUGACUGUUUCCUGGAACUCAAGCAUCACAAACCAGACAUGCCACCUCCUCACACCCCGCGCCAGGUGCGCUCCUUCGAGUCGCCAAAGGACCUUUACCCCUCUUCUGACUUGGCUUAUCGUAGACGUCCCUACAGUAGCCGUCGUUUCUCUUCUACGUCUCCUAGUCCCUACCAUGAGAUUAGUCCUACCGGCCGCUCCAUGGUCCCCGUUGAUGACCGUGCAUCCGCCUUGGGAUGGAUGACAAAGACUGGUGAUGGCUUUAAUAGCAUCCGUUCUCGUCAUGAGAUUGGUCGUCAUGGUCAUCAUGGUGGUGGUGAUCCGAGAUCUAACAAUCAGAAUUAUGUCGAUAUUGAACGCAUUCGUUGCGGUGUUGAUGUUCGCACUACGAUUAUGCUCCGCAACAUUCCCAACAAGAUUGACCAGGCAAUGCUCAAGGAUAUCGUCGACGAAACCAGCCAUGGGAAAUAUGAUUUCAUGUAUUUGCGUAUCGAUUUCGCAAACAACUGCAAUGUUGGCUAUGCCUUCAUCAACUUUGAAGAUUUUGCCAAAGCCCGUGCAGGCCAUAGCUGGAACUGCUUCAAUAGCGACAAAAUUGCCGAAAUCUCCUAUGCCACCAUCCAGGGCAAGGACUGUCUCGUCCAAAAGUUCCGCAAUAGCUCUGUGAUGCUUGAGCAUCCUUCCUUCCGUCCAAAGAUCUUCCACACCGGCACUGGCCCUGUGGCUGGCACCGAGGACCGUUUCCCUGGUCCCGACAACCCUUCCAAAAUGCGUCGUAGCGUCGAAAAUGCCGAACAUGUUGGCCUCUUUGCCCCUCGCGUUGGACAGCAGUAUCGUGAUGAACAGCGUCGUCGCCGCAGCCAGUUUGACCGCGGCACCAUCGCCGCUGAGCGUGAAUUCUACUAUCCCCGUCCAGUUUAUACUCCCCGUCGUCUCCACGGACAUGGACAUGGUGAUAUGUUACCUAUUGCGAUGUCGCCUUGCUAUGAGAAUGUCGGCAAUGCCAACGUUGGUACCAUUGGCUGUGGCAACGGGAAUAGGAAUAGUGUUGGUCCAACCUCCGGAUAA